AUGUGCACGGUAUGUGCCGUGUCAUGCAGUCAAGCCAGUGGAAGCCAAGAACAGCUGACCACCACACUGUAUCCUGUCAACAAGACUUUUGACCUCAGACAGCAGGAGACCAACCUCUUCCACAAACACACACGCAAAGAAAACAAUCACGUCCAACCAAUAUUGGAAGAACAACAAAAAAAUAAAAUUGACACUAAAAGUGAUUUGAAUCAACCCAACGAAGGGAUGACAGAGUUAUCUAAAGAAAAACCAAAAAAUAAAGAUACGGAACAAAAUGAAAACACUGAAGAAAGCGAAGAAAUCGCUAUAUCUGAUAAUCAGAAAGAUGAUGAACAAAAAUCCCAUGUCAAAAGCAACACAGGAGUUAAAAACGAAGUAACAACGUGGUCAUUGGAGACGAAUUAUUCACAAGACGAGAAGGAUAGUGAGAAAGACUUUAAAGAGGAGCAGAAGAAGGUUAUAAAGGAGUUUAAAGAAGAACAGAAGAAGAUCAUAAAGGAGUUCAGACCGAGCCCACACCUGGGCAGCUUCUACGACGAGGACGCGUUUGCGCUGACCACACAGGCGUCUGUCGUACCCUGGAGCCCGUAUACGAAGCCGCCAGGUUUCAUAAGGUCUCCCCAAGACUUCUACAAGCUGAACUACAAGAAACCCAUCGACGCGCCGUACAAGUUCGAGACCGCAGUCUACCCCGACCCCACGUAUUGGAAGCACGGCCUGGAGUCCAAGCCCACCGACCCAGUGCCGGUGAGGACCCCAGCAGGGGGUCUCUACAGGUCCCCAGAUGUGUUCAAAGACACCAGUCAGGAGUAUGGACUGUAUAAGGAAGAAGGGAAAGCGACCUCGCAUAAGAAAGCGGUAAGUCCCUGGAAGAGUUUCCUGCAGCUGGCAUCAGCGCUGCUCCCGGUGGGGCUGAUCGUGUCCGCGCUCACCCCGAGCGUCAUCACCCUGCAGUCCACAGACAACACACCCUACUACGGCAACCGCAUCACUCGCCGGGUGGAGGGCUUGAAGCCGCUGCCCGUCAUCAGCGAGAGCUGCAAGCGGCGGCUGCUGUGCGAGCUGCACGCCCCACGACACAGCAACCAAACCCCCACCACGGGCCACAAGCACUGCUACAAGCUGCAGUGCGAGGACCCCGCUGCCAUGAUGACAGUGCUGCGCUUCCUGCUGACACACCGACCGCCUGGUACACCUGCUGGGAGUCCACCUGGCGGUGUGAUACCCCUGGGUUAA